AUGAGGACACAGACAGAUACUGUACAGCGCUUUUCUCGCUUCCCUGAAGAUGAUGGGCAAGUGGCAGCAACCAAGCUGGCAAGAAUGACACAAUGCAAUGUGGCAGGGAGUGCUGAGGGCUACCUUGGAACACGAGCAGUGGCCGUGUGUGGAAAGGACGGCCAGCUCACUCUCCUUGUAGAUAGGGCUGGCGAGGCCCUGGCACAUGGCUGCAUCGUGCCUGGGGUCACCAGCACCUGUAGACGGAUCCUGGACACGGAAGAUGGGGGCACACCGCACCUCCCAGAGGGAGGGGGUGAACCAAGGACUCUUCAGAGGCAGGUGCCACCUCCCACACUGGCCUCCUGGGACUCAGGGGUGGAGAUGGUGGCAGGGGACAGCUCCCUGGCUGCCUUCCCAGGACUUUCUCAGGACUCUCUGAACAUGGAGCCCAUGGGGAGCCCCGAGCCCCAAGCCCUUGCUGCCCCAGAGCCCCCCAGUCAGUUGGGCCAGCUGCUGGCCAGCCGGAAGCUGGAGCAGGCUCUGGAGCAGUCCCAGGGGCGUGCCCACUUGUCCACACAGCACUGUGCCUGCCAGCAGCGCCGUGGAGCAGGCCUGGAUGUGUGCUGGCAGCAGAAGCCGAGCUGGAGGGCGGGCCCGGAGGAAGCAGAGGUGGUAGCAGCCGUGGUGCCCAGAGCCUGGGCCUGCCUCCCUGGACAGGGGCUUCGCUACCUGGAGCACCUGUGCCUGGUGCUGGAGCAGAUGGCAAGACUGCAGCAGCUGUACUUGGAGCUUCGGACCCAGAGCCCCCCAGCAUUCCUGGAUCUGGAAGAGGAGGAGCCGGUCCUAGACCCAUUACCUUCCCUUCCACCUGCCCCAGGUAGUGGGGUGCAGGGGUCAGAGGAGCUGCUAAGCCUGACAGAGGAGACAGGGUUAGAGGCAGCUUCAUGCUCAGAGGUCAGGGUGCUCAGUGUCAACCCGCCCAGGCUGCCAGAAGUCCCAGUGGAACUGGCUGAUAGCUUUCCACCCUCCCAGGGACGCAAGGAUCUCUCCCACUGGAAAGUCAAGGUCCUGCUCAAUUGGACCCACUGGAGGAGUCCUGGACACCUUAAGUCCCUUGUCUCUCCUGAUGGUUCUGGCCCCAGAAUUGAGUCCAGGACCCUCUCUGAAAGCUCUCAGUGCCACCCCCACCGGAACACUUUUAUGCCAUCAUUAGUAGUUAAGAAGCAACGAGCAAAAAUACUUUCUAUAUGCUGAGGCCCUUUGAUGCAGCUGGAGGUCCUGGCAGAGGGGCUUUGCCGUGGACCCUUCCUCACCCUUUCCCCUGUUGCUUCCUCUGCACUGCCAGGAAAAGCUACUGAUGCUUGCCCUUCUCCAAAGCAAAGACUGAGUCUUUCUCCUCUGAGCACUGUGGCAGAGGAGCCCCAAUUCCCAGAGAGGUUCCAAGGUAUGGCAGCUCCAGAGCUCCUCCUCGCCAGAAGUCCUUGGGCCCACACAAUGUAAACUAAUUUAUUAUCAGAGUCCAUGUGUUUGGCAUGGUGAUGGCCCAGCAUGGAGCAGAUGUGUGUUUAUGUGUGGUGAUACAUCUGUGUGAGGCUGUCAAGAUCAGUAACUGGCUGGAUUCAACUAUACCUGCUGGAAUCAUGAAUCUAAAGGGUUGGUCUUUGAGAUAACUAUGCAAGGAUGGAGUUGGCCUUCAAUCCACACAGGAAAGUUACUGAUCUGGAUUCCUGCUUUCCUCCUGCCUGAAUUGGCAUCCUCAGGACAAAGAAGAGUGCUGUCUUGGCUGCCUCUGUAUUAGAGUCUUGCACUUGGAGCUCCUGAAGACUGUAUGAGGAACAGGGAGGAUGGGGGACAAUGUGGGGAGCAACAAAAUAACCUUCAGGGUCAAUUCUCAGCUGCUCUGCUGUGCAACAGCUUUUACACAUCAGAGCUGACACUGGAGCUAAUACUACGCAGCUAGUGGUUAGACCUUGACAGAGUCUGAACUUCUGAGCCAUAGCUUCCCCAUGGGCAUAAUGAUGCCUGCCUUACCUACCUCACAAGCUUGUUACGAGGAAAAAAUGAGAUUAAACUGUCUCCAAAUGUG